AUGAAGCGCCCAUCCGCCUCCAAGGCCGCCUCCUCGUCGCCGCAAAAGAAGGGCAAGGGCGACGCUCCUCCGCGUCUCGGCUUCUAUGACUUUGUCGCCGAGCGGCAGGCCGUGCUGCAGCGGCGGCGGCGCGGGCUCGACGCGUCCGAGUGGACGUCCGACCCGAUCCUCGCAAAGGCCCGCUUCUGCAACAUCGAUCGCAAGGAUGACGCGGUGACGCGCGAGCUGCUCACCGAGCUCGAGCGGCCGUCCUGGAAGCUGCCGCAGCAAGUCAUGCUCGCCGCUGCGCUGCGCUUCACCGGCAGCCGUCGCGGCGAGGCGCAGCGGCUGGCGCGGCUCAUCGACGAGGACGUGGGCGGCGGCGCGCUGGCGGCCGCGCUCGAGAGCAACGACAUCAAGUGCGGCGUCGGCACCUACCAGAUGACGCUCAACCGCCGGCAGGUCGGCUCGCGGAUCGCGUCCCUCGGAGCGGCAGUCGCGGACCGCGUGAGCGAGCAGGGCGCGUUCGGCGACAUGGCCGAGGCGUCCGACUUUGUGGCCGAGGCGAUGACUUUCGGCGCGCGGCCGCAGUUCUCCGCCAACGAGACGGCCAAGGCCUUCGCCCGCGCCGGGCGUCCUAGAAAGCCGCAGAAGAUUGUACCAGCGUGUGGGGGCAAAGGCCUCGCGCUGGCCAUCGACGUCGAGCAGGCGCUGUGCGAGUUUGCAAAGUACGAGGCGUACCGCUCGACCGGCAUCACGCCGAUGAAGCGGUUCAGCCCCGCCACGGGCACGGAGACGCCGGCCGCGGCGAAAGCCGAGGCCGCCGCCUGA